ACUGGCAGAUUUCAGCUCACCUAAACACAACAUCAAGUGCAUAUUCAAGAUGGCUGACGAAGAAAGAAAAAUGUACAAUUUUCCUGGCAAUGCCAGGAGUGAUGUUUGGAAACAUUUUGGUUUUUAUGCUGUUGAUGAUAAUGCUGAAAGCAUACAACUGGACAGGAGUAAGGCAAUAUGUAAGAUUUGUCACCUAGCCAUCAAAAACCAUGGUAAUACCACAAAUCUUUACAACCAUGUGACUAAAAGGCAUGGCCGAGAGUUAGCUUCAGAGCUUCAAACCAAGAUGUUUGGUGACCAUCGAUUUCAGUGUGUCCCUUCAAGUACUUUAGAUACUGAUGAAAAUGAUUAUGACAAAUCAAAAACUGUAACAAAUGCCAUACUUGAAUAUAUUAUUUCUGAUUGUGUACCCACGUCUUCCAUACAGACUAAAGCAUUUCGAAAACUAAUUUACAGACUUGAUCCAAAAUGUGAAAUUCCACAUGACAAUUUUAGCACUACUCGUAUUUCAAAAAUAUACAGGGAAACUAAACAGCAAAUAUUGUUUGAAGUGCGUCAAAAUACAAAUGGAGGCUCUAUGGCAAUUGAAGUGUGGUCAUCUCUGUCUUCUAAAUGGAUCAGUCUUUGUUUACAUUAUAUUGAUAAUAUGUGGACAAUGAAAGCUUAUCAACUGAAAUCACUUCAAAUUGAUGAUAAUCUCGAUAGCAAGAAUCUGAAUGAAAUAAUUGAAAACUGUGUUAGCGAAUGGAACACGAGUCCACCUGUAUCAGUUGUUGGAAACAGUGACUUUUAUAACAACCCUAAUGAUCUAUCUUGGCAUUUCAUACCUUGUCUAGCUCAAACUAUUAACAAUGCAGCAUUAAAGGGCUUCGAAAUUCCUGAUGUGAAAAAAUUGAUAGAUAAAGGCAGAAAUCUAAUUAGAUACCUAGAGAAUCAUGCGGCUAGUUUACCAAUGAUCGAAGAUGAAAUUGUAAGAGUAGACACAUCAAGAUGGCUUUCUAUCUAUGAAAUGUUUCAAUGGCUGUCUACCAAUACAGCAGUCAUAGAAGAUAAUUUGUGUGGUUCACAUACCAAGACUCAGUCACUCAAAUUACUAUUCACAAGUGAAGAUCAGAUUUUAACUGAGAAUUUACUUACUGCAUUUAAAGAAAUGAAAACAGCAACAAGUAUUGUUUGUGAAGAAUCAAAACCUCUAGUAUCCAUGAUAUUACCAGUCUUACAGAAAUUAUUGACUAGUUUUACUGUUAAUCAGUCUGACAAUAUUAUCAUCAGUUCCGUUAAAUCAACUGUUUAUAAUCAACUUUCAUCAACUUAUAAACAUGAAAACAUUAAUCUGUAUCUUAUUGGUUCUUCUUUACUUGAUCCAAGAUAUAAAGAACUGCCACUCGUUUCCCAGGAACAACGAAAUCAAGCCAAAGAAAUAAUUUUUUCUGCUGCAUUAAUAAAUGGAAGGCCCAUGGGAGUUCCUUCAGAUAUAUCUUCCAAUUCAUCAACAAAAACCCUUUUGGAACCCUCUCCUAAAAAGCUGAAAGUGGAAAGUGAACCCACAACUUCAACUUUAGAUGACUGGUUUUCAGAUGUUGUCUGUCAACAGGGUAGAAAAGAACACACAGAACUUGAUCGCAUAAAGACAGAAUUUAACAAGUUUCAGUUCACAGAUCGCGUGUCUGCUAAAUCUGAUCCACUUUUAUGGUGGAGGAAACAUGAAAUAAUAUUUCCUUUAUUAUCAAAUAUUGCCAAGAGGUUCUUAUGUACCCCAGCGACAUCGAUACCAGCAAAUCGUGUGUUAACCUGUUCUGGACAAGAACAAGAAGCUUCAAGAAAUCGUCUUCCAUCAAAAGAAGUAGAACAGCUUAUUUUUCUAAACAAAAAUUAUAAACGAAGCAUUGAUAUUUGAACACAUGUCUGCCCAAAGAUUCAAUAUUCCCUUUAAGCAUUUGUUACUGUUGUUUGUAUGCAUUUGUUACAGCCAAUGUUUGUAUGCAUUUGUUACUGUUACCGUUUGCAUGUUAAAUCUUAUUCAGUAACUCUACAUCAAUCAGAAUAUAAUUGAAUGACCAUGUCCAUUUACAUUCAUUUGCAACCUUUAUUAUGAAUCUGAAUGGUAUUUGCUUUGUCAUACUUUCUUUACAUAAAUUAAAUGUUCCCAAAAAUUUCA